GCGACGCCCGCGCGUGGAGUUUGUUUUGGGUCUGCGCGGGGUGUGCGAGGCUUGAGUGUGUGGGAGACGGCUUGGUGUAUGGUUGCGUGAUAUCAGGAUUCACUGUGGGCACCCAACAUGCAGCGAUAUUAUGUUGUGUUGUUCGCACAUGUGCUGAAUUUCUGUGCAGCAACAGAUGAACCAGGAUGGAGGACCCGGCAGAAGAGCCACGUGCCGGUGUCGCUGGCAGCAGACACUUUGGAAAAGGUGGCGCUGCUGGACCGCCAUUCCGACCCCACCGAAGAGGCCUGGAGCCGCCUGCUCGGGCCGCUGCUUGUGCCGCGUUACGUCACAACCGCAGCACACGAGGAUGUCCGCAAGCACCUUGUGGACGUACUGACUCGGCUGGGCUGGACGGUGGACGGUGACCGGACGUUCAAGAUGCAGACGCCGCUGGGGGAGAUGCCGUUCACCAACGUGGUGGCCACCCACGAUCCGGCCGCGCCGCGCCGUCUGGUGCUGGCCUGCCACUACGACUCCAUCUACGGACGGGACGCGUUUGUCGCCGCCACCGACUCGGCCGUGCCGUGCGCCAUGAUGCUGUACCUGGCUCACCUGAUGACCAGUCGCUACCUGGACCCGAUCAAGGGCCGGUCGGACACGACCCUGCAGCUGAUGUUCCUGGACGGAGAGGAGGCGAUCGUCGAGUGGACUGACGACGACUCGAUCUACGGCGCCCGGCACCUGGCCGGCGAGCUGCAGCAGACCGCCUGCCAGGCCACCACAGCCUGCUCCAACACUAGCCUCACCGAACUGGAUCGCAUCGACCUGUUCGUACUGCUGGACUUGCUGGGCGCCAAGGAGCCGGCAAUCGCCAACUACCUCUCCAACACCAACGCAGAGUUCCGCCAUCUGGUGUCGGUGGAGCGUAAGCUGCGUAAGAAAGGGCUGCUGCCGGAGGUGCCGAAAAUAUUUAGGUACAUGAAAUCCUGGGGCUUCCGUGGGCCACCACAAGUAGCUGAUGACCAUCUGCCGUUUUUACAUAAAGGUGUGAGGGUGCUGCAUCUGAUCCCGGUGCCGUUCCCGGCCGUGUGGCACCGGGACGAUGACGACGCGUCGGUGGUGCACGCGCCGACGGUUACGGCGCUCGGUCGCGUCCUGCGCACGUUCGUCGCCGAGUGGCUCGGCCUGGCCGCGUUCAAGACGGGACCCUUGAGCAGCGAAAUGAAGCACGAAGAGCUGUGAUGGGAUCUUUGGAGUCGUGCCAGCCAGUUAGUGCCCGGUCACAAGAUGGCAGCUGGCCUGUAGCCAGGCGACGAGUGAACAAACUCACAGCGGCCAGGCGGCGUUAUGGCUGCUUCGCCACGUCCUCGGUUUGAGUUGCGCUGGUGCUGCUGUUCUCUGCGGUGUGAGGAAGUGUUGGCUGUGUGACCGCGCUGGUGCCUUGCUUGUGCGGUUCGCUGUUGUAAUGGGAAACCGUACAAACAUGUCAUUGUGGUUUGGUGAGUGGAAAUCCAUGGGAAUGCAGCUGACUGCCCAUUUUUGCAAUAUCGGUAGUCGGUGUUGUUUUUGCAGGGUUUUACUGUUUUGUGCAUUUAAAUGUUUACGGAGUUUCCAGGAAAACGCUCCACGUGGUUGGGAAUUGUAAAUUUGAGCUGUUGUCACGAUUUGAAAUAUAUUCAAUCAAUU